AUGGCAGAGGGAGACCCAUCCAGGCGCUGGGAGCUGGAGAGACAGGAUGUCAAGCGGGCUGAAGCCCGGCUCAGCCAUGGGCUGCAGGACUUAGAGGAAGCACGACUCUACCAAAUGAAUUCAAUGAUCAAAGAGCAGAGGCAGAUCCAGAAGGAGCUACAGAAACUGCAACAAGGCAAUUCCCGGAAGAAGGCCCAUGCGACUCUCGGGGACCUCUCCCAGGAGGUUGGUAAAAGGCCAGCUCUGCCCAUGCUCCCCACUUCGUCAGGGCAGCAGCACAGCAAGAGACGAGUGGAGCAACUGAGAGCACCGAGAAGUACUUUGCCCAAGAUGGAGGGACCCAGACAGGCAGCCCAAUCACCCUUGCAGCAUCAGACAUGCGACCAUGAUGUCCUGGAUGAUGCGGGGCAGGAGUCCUCUGGAAGGCAUGGGUCAACUUCAACACGCACCCAGGCCAAAGCUGCAAGCUCCAUCACAGACAUCAGCCUGUCAGACCUCAGGCAUUCCAUCGCUAGGCGGCUGAGCACCUCUGCCAAUCCAGCAGAGCAGGAAGAAACCAACAGCCAAGGAGACCUGGGUACAGGCCCCACAGUGCUGCCCCGUGGACAGACAGAGGCCAGCGAUGUGGAUGGCAGUGACACCAUGCCCAAGCCCACUAGCUGCACAGAGAGAAGGAAGCCUUCCCUUGGCCACGAGAAGCUAAGUUCUGAUACAGAUCCAUAUGCCCCCGACAGAAGCCACCUCAGACCCAUGCACAGCAGGCCUGGGUUUCUGGAGUUGUAUGCGGAAGCCAGGAAGGCCCGGUAUAUCCGGCACAAGGGCAUUCCAGCCUCAGAGAAGGAACUCAGCCUGCAAGAGAUCUUUGGGCAUGAAAACAGCUUAGACCCCAGCCCCCCAGGAGCAGCACAACCCUGA